CGAUCAAUUUGUCCAACAAGGCAUCAGUUUCAGAAAAGCAAAAUAAAACGAUUUUUGAAUACUACGAAUUUCAACAAAAAAACGCUAUUAUCUCAACUCGCUUCUUCCAAAUUAUUUUCAUCGCGAAUUACCGUACGAAUCGAUAUUUUUGUUGUUGUGUUUAUUUGUCAACUGCCUGAUUGUAUAAUUCUUGAAAAUGUUGUCAAUUCCACGAAGUUCUUAUUGGGAUGAUGAUGACAUGUUUGCCAUCAAUCCAUAUUGUUCUUAUCAUCGUCCUCGAUCAUCAUGGUUAAUGCCAGCAUUGGAUCGUUUUCUUACAUUGGACGAAAUGGUUGCUCAACCAUCAUCGAUGAUCAAAAAUGGUAAAUUUCAAGCUGAUCUUGAUCUACGUAAUUUCGAUCCAAAUGGUAUCAAUGUAAAAUUAGAUGGUAAUACAUUGCAAGUGAAUGCCAAACAAGAAAAGAAAGGCGAAGGACAUUAUGAAUUCCGUGAAUUUAAACGUAUGAUUUCCAUUCCGAAAGAAGUGGCCGAAGAUCAAAUGAAAUGUAAACUUGAUAAAGAUGGUCGUCUUCGAAUCGAAGCUCCGUUGAAAAAACAAAUGGAAAUCGAUGAAAAAGGACGUAACAUACCGAUCGAAAUGGUCAACCAAAAGAAAUAAA